AUGUCUCAAGCAUCUCAAUCAUUUAAUUCUGGCGCGCAAGUCAUCGCUCUAUUGAAAGCUCAGGACCCCGUAAAGAUUGGUGCAGCACUUAUUCAAUUACGGCAACUGUGUUCAACCAAGCCUUUUCCGGCCGUCGUGAUAGAUUAUCUCCAGUUAGAACCUGCCGCCGAUUCGAUCUUCCAGGUCCUCAAUGUUGCUCGUGAGGCAAAUUCGAUCCAUUUACUUGCGAAUUCCUUGUAUACCUUAUCCUAUCUCAUUUCACGAGCACCUUCAUCACCUUUUGAGACCCGACAGGUCGUAGACGGAUCACGAAUUAUCAACCAUCUAAUUCAGAAUCAUUCGAAAUCUAUCCAUCGGUGCUUUGCUCCUGGGAGGACCGAGGCCACAUUGGCGUGUCUGACUUUACUUGUAGCUUGCGUUUGUUGGAGCGAAGGAGCAUGCGCCAAGAUCGUAAUUGGCGACUUGAGAUGGGAUCACAAGACCGUCACACGCCUGCUACAGACUCGGCAAACGGUUACUGCCCCCGAAGGAACCACUACACGAACCCAGAAAGGAAACCGGCCCGCUCCUAAAUCAUCAAAGCUGAAAGGCCAGCUACACAAAACCGACAUCCGCACCCUCAUGCUCCGAUUCAUCUUUAGUGUAAUCUCUAGCGCCGAAUUACGCUCAUCUUCCAAACAGGAUCUAUGGAAGACCAAAGGUCUCGCGGAGGGCGUCCUGAAAGGCUUACAAGCAGAUCCUUAUGAAACCGUAGCAUUUGUACUCGGAAAUCUAUGGGAGGAUGUAACGAAGCGCCAUAUUGGGAAUCCGGGAAAUCACAAUCGUAAUGCUUCCGUCCACCACCCAGGAUGUGAAAUGUUUGAUCAGAACGCGAUUGACCUGUUGGUUCAACUACUCGAGCGUGACGAUAGCGUCAAGGAUAUCCAACACACCAAGCUUGAUGCAGCCGAGACAGUUGCUCAAAUGGUAGAAAGGUUCCUGAAAAACUUAACUAUUUACCUUGCCAAUUCGAUGUCAACAAAUAUUUUUCAGCAUCAAGCAAACUCCAGAUUACCGCCGUACCGUAUCAUGCUGAAUUUAGUCAAAUCUCUAUCACCUACGAAAUCCAUGAGGCGCUGGCGACUCGCUCUUCAUAUCUUAGAAUCAGUUCCCUCAUUAUGCUUCUCUCUUUGGCGUACCGCAUCUCCUCCUAGCGAGCCCUCGUCAAGCGUUGCAUGGAUUUCGUCUGUUGGCUUCGCAACCAAGGUGGCCGCAAUGCCUUUUGGAUUAUCUUUUCAAGCCGAAACAAUCUCUCUGAUACCUGACAACAUGAACAGCCUGACAAGCCUUGCCAAAAAUUUACUUGCUCAAUGUAUUCCAACACCCUUGAACCGAACCUGGUUCACCAAGGCAUUGCAAUUCCCGGACGCGCUCGUCUCGUUUAGCUCUCUUGCUCUCCUCCUGACCGGAUUGAAAAAAGCUCGAAAUGUCUCUCAUCAACUUCAGCGUGUCAUCCAAUCGACAACAGUUGGCCAUCCGCCAGUCACCUCGGAACUUUGGUCUAAGCUGCUCAUAAAUUUUGAACAGUCCUUACAAGCAGUGUUGCCUGAUCCACAGGUACUCAUCGCAGUUCUACAAACCGCUUCUCGCCGGGCAAAUGAACGAAAAAGUGCUCCUGUGGGCUCUCCCGUACAAGUGAAUGAUAAAUCACAGCCUAGCGCAGCUGUCACGCCUCAGCAAGAUAACGACACUGACGGAGACAUUGUAACAUUUAGUGCACUAGCUGUCCUGCUUUUGUAUCAUCAACUGAUGCCCCAAACGAUGUGCAAUCUCAAUUUCGAUUACACCAAACUGAUAACCACCUUCUUCACGUUGAACGCAAAGGACGAAUCUGAAGAUCCACAUUCCAGCUCUUUAUUGGCUCUGCAUAGGCUACAGUCUCCCAUAGCAUACCUCUGUCAAUCGCGGACUCUGCUUCUUAUUGGACAUUCCGCCCGGACCAACCCAACCCAACCCUCUCCUGCAUUGGUCAAAGUUCUAUUAUUACUUUCUUCCUUUCCCAUGUCAAACAAGCUCGAAGAUUCCGAAGUUGGUGCUCACACGCCGCUCUUGAUCAAAAUCAUCGCUCAAGAAACUCUACAAGCAAUCUGUAAAUCAAUAGUACCACAUCUAAGAGACGAGAACGAAUAUCAAGAACUGUGUAUUUGGCUCAGUGCAUUAUCAGAAUUGAGAAGAGUGGGUGACUGCGCCACGCUGUUGGUUCUCUUCUUAGAAGAUUGCAUCCGUGCAUGCCUAAGACAGCCAUUAAAAUAUCUUCAAAUCAGCGAGGAGCGCCGAAAUCUUUCACCCCAAUCGGGCCAGUCGGGGAGCAAUGCGAGACCUCCGACACUGAUAUCCGCCUUACUAGUCAAAGUAAACGCGAUCACCAAGGGCUCCUCCACGUCUUCAACUAAUCCAAGCAAAGUCGCGUUGAUAACAUUGGUCAUCAAAUUUCUCAAUCUUUACGUUCUCAACGCUUUAUCGACUUCACAUCAAACGCGUCCAAUUACUGUGGUACAUGAUAUCUCAUCUCAGCUCAGCCAGAUCUUCAGCACUACACUUGGUAGCUCAGCGGAUGGAAACUCAGCGUAUCCCGAUUACUUGGGCGAUGUCAUAAUUGAUACUUUACGAUCAGCAACUCAACUAUCAACUGCUCAACGCGAAAUAAUCUCCUGGCCCGUAUACAUCGCCCAAAGUAUCUUUUCUAGUCAAAUAUCCGCUCUUGAUUUGAUGCAUCAGUCGUUUUCUUCCACAAACAAAAACACCAAGCCUUCGAAAACUAAAAAGGCCGUAGCUUUCAUGGAAUUAGGUCCUGCAACGGUUUCCGCAAGUUCGAUGGAAAAUGGAAUCCAAUGCAGAAAUCAACAGUUAGGAUUCAUCUGGUUUAUGUCUCGCGCCGUUGAGGUGGAAAAGUUUAAAGUUGAGGAUUUCAGCCGCCAAACAGCUCAAGAAAAUUCUGCCGAUAGCGACCAGCUUGACUAUAAAACAAAAGCCGCGAACAUCAAAACACUAGUCAAGAUCAUUUCAAAAUCAUUAAAUGAUGACACGGCCGUGAUCGAAUGCUUUCUUGAACAGAUGUGGCACAUUUCACAAAUUGUUGUGAAAAAGACAGAUUUUGAAGUGUUGUUGGAUAUCAUUCGGGUUUCAUGCCCUGCUCUAGAAAAUACGAAACAACAAAACAUCAAGAUACUCACCCGCUAUGCCGAUCUGAUAAUUGAAACCUCCUCCUCAAACCUUAACUCGCAUAUCAAGAAAGGAAAAUCUACUGCCAAGAAGAAUGCUUUGAUACAAUGCGCUUGUUAUCUGCUCCCACUGCUCGACGGAACGUAUCAAAUUAAGGUUCUCGUCGGACUGCUUUCUUCAAUGAACCCUGGACUUCUCAGUGAUGCGAACUGUGUCAGCUCAAUCAUGAAGUUAGUGAACCUCACCUCAGGAACUCCGCCGCAAGAGAGGCAAUCGUUUCUACACCAGCUAUCGGUCGAUCCAGUCAUCAAGACAUUAUGCGUUUUGUCUAACACCAGCAACAGUAAAGUGGCCACCGAUGUGCUAUUGGAAAUAAUCCAGCUAUCAUUUGAUCCAUCGAAGCACUCUGAUGAAAUAGCCCAGGCUUGGUCGACGUAUGGUUUGGAAGUUUUAGAAUCAGGUUCAGCGGAACAACCCGAUUGUGGUACCAAAAUCCGCAUAGCUUCUUACUUGGUCCCGAAAAAUAAAAGGAUCGCUUCUGCAGCAAUCGCAUGGAUGAGGGAAACUCAGAUCGAUCAGCUGAAGCUCGCAUGGGAUGGAACUUUGAGCUUGCUUGUUGCUUGCCUUCAGGCUUUAUCGACAGCCGAAGAACGAUAUGACUCCUGUCUCUUACCGUUAGGGCAGGGCCGGUUAGAUGAGUUAAUCAUGAAUAUCGCAUCGUGCUUAUUCUCCGUCCACCCUGAAGCUUCCGCCUCAGCUCUACCGAAUGGAAAACAGAUCCGGGUCUUGGCUUCCAAAGCUCUCAAGUUGAUUUAUUCUUGUGCAGAGUCACGGGUGGGAUCGUUACUAGCUGAUCAACUCACCCAAGACGGUCUUAUUCCUGCGUACUCCGAAUCUCUCGAUGUAUUGUCGUUGUGUCAAUCGAAUCAUCUAGAUGUUUACAUUGAUCGGUGCCUGCGCUGGCUUGUCAGAAGAUUUGCCGAGGACGAAACCUGUGCCGAGGAUACAAUCGAACUAGUUGAAGCACUGUACAACAUUUUGAGCCGAAAACCUGCCGAAUACACAUUGUCAACGCAUCUUGUAAAUCCGGUCUUGACGGCUGCUCUGGGUCGGCUUCUAGAUUCCGGAUGUGUAAUGAAACUGAUGGAUUCGUUCAUCCGUCACACCCGGCUAGAAGAAGCUGACGUCGUCAAACACCUGCGCGCGACGGUUGAAAGCCGCAACUUUCGUUCAUUGAUGAGGUCUUGUCAUCAGAAUCAAGACGAGCAGGAUGCGUUAGUUAUGUCAGUCAUCAACCAGCUGGUAAUCUCUUACCCCGCUGUUACUAUCCAGACUAGUCUAUCGAAGACUCUGAUCCCGUUCUACGGCGGCACCAUGUCUCUCAAAGAUCGACUCAUCUUCCAAGUGUUUCGUAUUGAAGAUUUAAGGAGUGAAACCCCGGGGAUCACCGACGUGUUCUUGGCCUGGAAACCCAACAUAGGAAACAGGGCCGUGAAUAACAAACCUCUGGAUGUGAUAGCGGUGCUUGAUUCAGAGAAGGUCGAAGCAUCGUCAGCGUGGGUCUUGGACAGACGGGAACCAAAUAGUUUACCUAGCCUUCCCGAAUACUACGAUCCCAGCUUUCUUCUCGCUUUUUUCCUCAACCUGAUCAAACAAGAAGAACCACUGACAAUCUCGAUGUGGCAAUCAAUCGCCCGCAAGGGCAUGCUAGGGUUGGCUAUGUGUGCCUUAUCAUCUGACAAGUCGGCUUGGAGGUUCCUCGGAGAUAGAUGUUUGGCGAAAUCCUACGAACAAUUGAAGGCGCUAAACCAUACCGAUGCAUCUGAAAUUCUACUACCGAUGGAACAUUUCCGAAACCUUCAUGUCGCAAGCGAAGAAACUGGGAAAAUUGCGGAUGUCCCUCCUUUGAUCACUUUGUUUCUUUCUCGCUGUUUGAGUUUGUUCUGCACCGCGCCCGAGUCAGCCUUACAUCAGCCUCUAUCAAGAUUCCUACUCCAAAGAGCCGUGAUCGAUGCAAAAGAUGUGCCAAUGUUAUAUUCUCUAUUGUAUUCGUCAGAUGAUAUGCCCUCGGAGGGUCAUGUCUGGCUCAUGCAAAUUUUACACGAUGGACUUUGUACAACAAUAGAUUGGAAAAUCAUGAAUCAUCGACAAACUUUUGAAAUCUUGAUCACUCUCGUCCACUCAUCUUCACACCGCACCGCUCCAAAGCUUCGGCACUUGUUACUGAAGUUGCUGAUAAAAGCCGUCUCUCAUAACCAAGCUUGCAUAAAACUCAUCAGUAAACCAGGAUUACUUAAAGUCUUAGAACAGUUCAAACCUUAUUCAAAGAGGGAAUGGAAGGAUGUAAUGAGUAUUCUGCAAGAAGUCGCUAGUCGAAUCCCGUUGUUGCAUAGAGCGAUUUCAAGGGAAACUGUGGAGAACAUUAUCAAGCUUCUAACCCACUUCAGCCAAACAAAAUACUGUUCGAGUUCAUCAUUGUUGGUCAACUCAUUGAUCAUUGUUAGGUCGUUGUUAAUUUGUUCUUCGUUUUGGAUUGUGGAAAAUUCUCCUCAAAUCAUCAUCGGUCGGAACGAAACGCGCCUCAUUCUAUUGAAGUGCAAUCAUCUUUCUCAAUCAUUAUCUCUUGCGAUGGAUGCACAGCCCCUCCUUGAUCGCCACAAAAAAUUAAUUAGUGAAAUCCGAGCUAGAAUAUAUUAUCUAUCUCAGCUCUAA